AGCAGAUUUUCAGUCAGUUAUAAUGAUUUCAUAACGGAACAGCAUUUUCAGUUCUGUUUAUACAGUCAGUACACAAGUACUCACUUUCACUACAAUCUUCAGCUUUCACAUAUACACCUGAUAACUACAAACGUGAUUAUAGUACAAAUAAAAACGUAUUUAUUACAAUUACACAAAUUCGUUUUUGUUAUCUUACACCUUUUUUUUAAAAAAACAGGGCAAAUUUAUUGUCUAAGCCACAGGUUGGCAACCUUUAGAAUCAAAAGACAUUUUUGUGUAAUUUUUAACCGAAAGAAAUCAAUGUGGACAUAUUCGAGCCUUACAAUAAAUCUUUUAACACGUGACUACUCUGCAGUUACUGCCCACAAAAGGGAAGAACAAUGGAGAGAAAAAAAAAGUUAAAGACCAACAAGAGAUGAAGCAUACCAGUAAGCUAACAGCACUGGUGGUGAACAAAUAAAUGUGCUUACUGUUGUUUUCCAUGGCAACCUUUCAUUUUUUUGUUUUUGGAAUAAACAAGUAAGCAGAUAAAGUGCCAGGUGCUAUGACGAACAUUGUAGUAACAAAAUAUUAAAACUUCUUUUUAAUUUAAUUAUAGGGUAUUUUUACAACUGCAGAAUGUAAAGAAUUGCUAAAGAAAGUAUAGACACAAAAAAAUGAAAAUGUUAACAUUCAUGUUCAUUUCUAAAGUUAUAUUAAUGUAGUUUUUGCCAGAACCACAGGAAGCCACUGAAAAUGGGCAAAAGGGUCACAGGUUUGAGACAUUAUGUGAACCCUUCACAUAAUGUCUGCUAGAAUCUGAUUACAUUUUAAAACUUAAUACUUUUAUCAUAUGUUUUCCCUUCUAGUUAUUUUAAAUUUAUUAUGAUUUUUUCAAUCUUUCUCUGUGUAACACACUGAAAACACAAAGUUACUACUUUGAUUAAGGUCAGAAUAUCAUUUUAAACUCUGGCUGCCAUAUAAAGUAUUACUGACACAUUGUGUCGUCAUAUAUGACAAUCAAAAUCUAAGAAGCUAAGACCAGAGGAACUUCACAUCACUGAUUACAUUUUAAACUGUGCUGGGACUGGAACACACUCUUUGACUUGAUGGUUAGACAAAUUUACCAGAUUUCUUCUGUUAAAGUAACAAAACACAAACAUAGCAAAGUUAAUCAUAAGGUUUCACAGGGUUUUGUGCUAGGGCUGAUAUAUUUCACAAUCUCAAGGUUGCCUUCCAGUACACUGAAAUGCCUCCAGUGUAACCAAAAUGCUGCAGUAAGUACUGAUGGGAAGUAGCAAGUGAGAUCAGAUUUCUCCAAAUUUUAUUUUCUCUUUCUUAAUGAUCAAGCUUGGUCAUGUCUUAAAGACCUCGUAUCCCAACAGAGCACUUUGCUCUCUGAGUGCAGGCUUACUUGUGGCUCCUAGACAUUCCAAAAGUAGAAUGGGAGGAAAUCUCCUGAUAACCAAAAGUGCUGAUUGCUUAAAAAGUGAAGCAGGGUCUUGACCUUACUAUCUUAAGUGCCCUGAGAUGACUUAUGUUGUCAUUUGGUGCAAUAUAAAUAAAACAGAAAAGAAGUAAAAUAUUUUAACAGGCUUUUAACAAAUGAGUUGUUACAAAGCCAAUGUAGUAUGCGGGGGAGUGAGCACCAGAUCAGCAGUGUAGGCAGAAUCAGCAAGCUGAGUUAUUACAUGUAUAUGCAGAGAGAUCCAUGACUAAGCAGUGAGUAGGAGCUGAGCAGUAGCCAAAGGCUGCAAAUUAUAACCACCCGCUUCUUAGUUCUUUAGUGCCCGAUACCAGAAUCCAACACUUGUUUAAUAUUAUAUGAAUGUUUUAAACAGAGUGGAUUUCAUAAAUCUUAUUACUGAUACUACAAAUGAAAAUCAACCUGCAUUAGUGCUUAAUGGCUACAUUUUUUCUUUAAAUUUGAUCCCAUCUAUAUUUAAACACAGACACUGUAUUAACAUCUGGGAGCAGUCUCAUUAUAACUCCAAGUUUGAAGUUAAGUUUUAUAGAUCCCAUUGUCUAAAACAACAUACUGCUUCCCUGUAAAUCUUUGUUUCCCACAUCUCCCAUCCACUUUUUUUUCACGCUACAAACUUGCAAGUCAGGCCCAGGCUUGCACUCCUCCUCUUCUUUCCCUCCCGACUCUCCCAUCUGCUUUCCCACCCCCACAUACUGCAGACUACCGUCAAUUUAGACAUGGGCUGUGCAUGAAUGAAGAGCUGGAGGGAUCAGACCUGUUACUAGGACAGACAAAAGCUGCCAAUCUGCUGCAUGCUGUGUUGAUGGUGGCCACAUGCGUCGUUUGGAGAGUUGCAUGCUUCUUCAGCCCCUGAAACCCACCUUUAUUUGCAGGAUCUCUGCUGCAUUCACUGCGGUGCUGAGGUCUCAUCGGUUUUGAUAUGGAAGCCCAAGACAGCCCUUGCUGUUUCAGCCACAACAAAUACGUACCGUGCUACCACACCUCCUGGUGUUGGAGCUAUAAAAAUCAGCACUUCUGACAUGUCGACUUCCUGGCAGCUCACCCCUAAACUGGACUCUGUUUCCUCUUUUGAAAGGACAUCAAUUUUUACCCAGUGAACGGGACUGAUUUGAACAAGAUAUGCUUCAUUUGGCAUCAGUCAUGCUUUAAUUACAUUUGGGGAAUUGAGAUUGGAGAUAUUUGACUGCCUUACUGAGACCCCAAAACUGUAACAAAAAAAAGAACUCGAUUGAUGUUUGUAUGUGUGUGUGUGAGGGUGCAGUGCAGCCUUGGAUCCGCAGUGGAACCACAGUCCGCCCGGGCGCCCAGCCUUCGGGCCGGAGACGCUCCACACCAGCAACUACUCUCUGGUGUUACUGAUCCAGCUCAGCCUGCUCUCCUUUGACCUGUUUGUCAACUCCUUCAGUGAGCUGCUGAGGACAGAGCCAGCUGUGCAGCUGGUACUUUUCAUAAUCCAGGACAUUGCCAUCCUGUUUAACCUGAUCAUCAUUCUGUUGAUGCUGUUCAACACCUAUGUGUUCCAGGUUGGACUGGUUGCCAUAUUGCUGGAGCGGUUUAGAACCAUGCUAAUGCUAUCUGCUCUUUACUUGACCUUCAGCAUCAUACUCCAUUCUUGGCUUAUGAAUCUGCGCUGGUUAAAUACAAACAGAUUUAUUUGGACCGAAGGUCUUCAGGUGCUUUUUGUGUUUCAAAGAGCUGCUUCUGUGCUGUACUACUACUUCUACAAGAGGACCUCAGAGUAUCUGGGUGACCCUCGCCUCUAUGAGGAUUCACCGUGGCUGAGAGAUAUGUUUUCACGGGUCAGACAAUGAUCUCUCUAAAACAGAUCACACCAACACACAGAUGCCUAGUUUAAAAACGGCAUUAAAAGAAGACCAAAAUACAGUAUGUUACAAAGAAAACCCAUGCAAAACAAAGUACUGGUCACUGUAAUCCAUUUGGUUUUAAAGGAAAUUUAUUCAGGGCCCAUUCUAACACAUCCUUCGUGAACUAUUUGACAAGCUCAAAACAAUAUUUCACAACAUUUCCUUUCAACGCAGAGAGGAUUGUGCCAAAAUUUAGAAACGUGUUUCAGAACAAAAACACCACAAAGUGUCACGAGGGCUUGUUUUCCUGCAUAAAUGAUAACAAAAGAAUGACAUCAAAUGUGAAGUAGUAAAUGUUUUAUAUCCUGCUGGUACCAGUCACCAUAUAGCCUCCUUUCUUUUCUUUGUUUUUGUAUUUAAACAAAAAAAAAAACACUAUAUUGCAAUUGUUUUAUAUACAUUUGAGAUUAUGGUGUUGCUUUAACUGUGUUUGUUAUGUUGAUAUUGAUCAGAGUUUAACUUUUAUGGCUCAACCGGUUACAGAUUUCACAGACGGUGAAGAUAAAAGUCAUCAUGUACAUCUGAACUCUCUGUAUUUAAUUUUCAUACAGUACACAUGCUGAAAACCCAAUAAAAUGUUGUUUCAAAUACUGGU